ACGGUUGCUGUCCGUGUAGACAAGUCACAUGUAAAUAUAGUUCGUUGAAGCUCGUUUCUUUCGUUCUUGACUGCAGGGAGAGUAACGUUAGUUAGUCUGUUUGUGCAUUUGUUUUAUCGUUAGGCGUUUGCUUCAUGUUGUGAACUAGGCUACCCUUUCAUUUAAAAGCCACAAUUUCACCGAAGAAUGAGUGAUAACGAUGAUAUCGAAGUCGAUAGUGACGAAGACUCAUCGAGAUAUCACAAUGUGGCAGACAAACGGGCACACCACAAUGCACUGGAGCGCAAACGUAGGGAUCACAUCAAAGACAGCUUUCACAGCCUGCGGGACUCGGUGCCUGCCCUGCAAGGGGAAAAGGUUGGCAGAGAGGUGGCGUCACUCCUAUGCGACGCUCGUCCCUCAACGGGGACCAGUGCAGGCGGAAUCGUCGCGCUAUCUGACCAAUCUAUCAAACAGGCGUCCCGAGCUCAGAUUCUAGACAAAGCCACAGACUACAUCCAGUACAUGAGGAGGAAAAACCACACGCACCAGCAGGACAUCGACGACCUGAAGAGGCAGAACGCUCUGCUGGAGCAGCAAGUACGUGCCCUGGAGAAGGUGAAGGGUUCGACCCAGCUCCAGGCCAGCUACAGUUCUUCAGACAGCAGCCUGUACACCAACCCUAAAGGCAGCGCUGUGUCUGCCUUCGACGGAGGCUCUGACUCCAGCUCCGAGUCCGAGCCAGAGGAACCCCCCGCCCCCAGGAAGAAGCUCCGCGUGGAGGCCAGCUAGAGCGCCGGGCUAGCCCACAGCGUCACUCCUGGUGUGGAGGGGUACUGCGGGCACUGGUCCAGUAGUCAGUACUGCUCCUGUAAUUCCCACUGCGUUGCCCUCCCUCCCUUCUCUUGGAUAGUGAAGAGUCCAUCCUACCCUCCUGAUCUGUCUAUCCUGACGUCCCUUUAUCACGCCAUCCCCUGGAGAGGGAGGGAAGCCAGCUGGGAGGAAGAACACUGAUUUAGAACAUAACGUGCAAGAAAAAAAAAAACAUUUUCCCCUCCCUCCUUCCUGUCUCUCUCCUUUCCUCUCUUUCUGUUUGACUUCUCAGCAUCGGUAUCUCUCUCAGCAACGUCAACAACUAUCCAAAACCCAAAAUUAGGCAUUUUCGCUACUUAGAUGACUCAAUGCUUUUGUACCCUCUACUAUGUGUACUCUCCUCCCGGUGGAAAACUACGGAGAGAAGAGAGUGAGGCGUACUCCAAGCACUGCUAAGAUAUACUUUUUUUAGUUUUGUCUUGAUAAGAACCUGUUUUAGAAUUUACACACGUCGAGAAGAGUUGUCCUGUCCGUCAGACAGCAUACCUUUUUUAAAACAUUUUUUUAAACCAACUUUUUUCCCACAAAGAAUGUGAAGAUACUUUGACGCUAAAUAUUGAUGUAAAAGUGAAACGAAAUCCCACCUCAGGCCCACAUAAUUAGUUUUCCAUUUUGACAAACGUUUGUUAGAAAUUAAAACAAAUAUAAUCCCCUUUUUGUUGAAAAUAAUUGAUGUUUUGGAAAAAAACUUGUAUCGUAUUUCAUCCUUUAGCUUGAACUAGUGAAUGGCCGAGGAAAAGUUAGGCAUCUCAAAUGUUUUUUAAAUAAAUAAAAAUGUUAUUGAUUGUAUGUUUUCAAAAUAUGUUAUUCAUUUUGUAUUAUUCUCACAAGUAUGGGGAAAUACAGAUUUGUCACUUGUAGUUUUCCUUCAAGUUAUGAAAUAGAUAUUGAAUGUCAAAAUGUAGUUCCCAUUUUUUUCAAUAUCAGGAGAAAAUGAAGUCCCUGUCAACGUGUUGUGACUUACACCGUAAAAUCUUAAAUGUCGGCGACUCCCCAAGUGUAAAGAAAGAAAGAAAGAAAAGAAGCAUUCUGCGUGUCUAGGAAAUGUGUGUGUGUGUGUGUGUGUGUGUUAUCUUUUCCAUUUUAGGGUAUGAUUAGUGUAAAUAAUCUUUGUCUGAUUCCAUUCCAUGGAAAUUACAAGUAUGUUGUACAUACUACCAACAAAUGUCUUGCAAGUUGAGGCCUCCCUUUUACUAUGAGACUAUAAAUAAAACAUUAUUUUAUCCUUGUGA